UGAAAUAUUGAUGAUGGAAAAGAGAAAAUGCUUGAAAUAUGUAAAAGCAAUUCCAGGAGCCUUUACUCCUACCAAAGGAUCUCCUAGAGCUGCAGGAUUUGAUUUAAGGAGUGUCUACAGUAUAACCGUACCUGCAAGGGAUAAGGCGCUCAUAAAUACAGGUCUGAAAUUUGAAUUGCCUUCAGGAUGCUAUAGAAGAAUAGCACCUAGAUCAGGACUAGCUUCAAAAAACGGUAUCAAUGUUGGAGCUGGUGUUAUCGAUCAAGAUUAUAGGGGAAUUGUGAUGGUUCUACUCUUCAACCAUUCGAAUGAAGACUUUCAAGUAAACUUUGAAGAUCGUAUAGCUCAAUUAAUUUGUGAACGUAUACACUAUCCUGAAUUGGUUGAGGAAAAAGAACUUACCCAUACCGAACGCAACACCAAUGGUUUUGGAUCAACAGGAAAAUUACCAGCUCAUCAAGUGUGGAUGAUGGCCGGCACAGCGAAAGAAAGGAAGUAUAUCCCAAUCCAUGAGAUCUGCCAAAUUAUUCCCAAUGCUCAAAAGAAGAAUAUCUUGGCGUUCCACGCUGUCACAGGUUGCGACUCAACAUCUCAUUUUGCAACAAUCACAAAGAAGGCAGCGUUGAAAGCAUUUAAUGGAACGGCCUGCCAGCUUCUUAGCAAUCUAGGGCACUCUCCACUGACUUCCUUAUCAAAGGCCAAUGCAGAGAAAUUCCUGGUACAACGUUACAAGGUGGGCAAAGAUGUAUCCAGCGGGGAUGAAGCCAAACAUCAGCUUUUCGGUGUUGUGAAAAGGCCUGAAGCCUUACCUCCAACUAGCGAUGCGUUCACCUCCUAA